UGUACUUUUGGUAUGAGGAAUAUGGCAGCGUCCUGAGUUCCAAGAAGACAGCGCAAUUGAGAAGCUAGUCCAUCGGAUUGAUAAAACAGAUACACACCUGCAACCCAUAUUGGAGGGUGGGGGGCUAAGGGACGGAUACGAAUUGCAUUUGGUAGCGAAUAUACAGGUCCUGCCAGAAGAUGAAUGUCGUCAAAGACAACAAAGACCUGGCCUGUUUCUACACCACAAAGCACUCCUGGAGGGGAAAAUACAAGCGAGUCUUCUCAGUGGGCACCCAUGGCAUCACCACGUAUAACCCCACCACGCUAGAAGUGACCAAUCAGUGGCCUUACGGGGACAUCUGUGGCAUCACCCCAGUAGGGAAGGGCCAGGGCACCGAGUUCAACCUUACAUUCCGGAAGGGCAGCGGCAAAAAGUCCGAAACACUCAAGUUCUCCACGGAGCACCGCACUGAGCUGCUCACAGAAGCACUGAGGUUCAGAACAGACUUCUCCGAAGGCAAGAUAACAGGACGGCGCUACAACUGUUACAAGCACCACUGGAGCGACACGCGCAGGUCGGUGGGGUUGGAGGUGACGCCGGGGGGCAUCGACCAGAUCGACCCCCUCACCAACAGGGUGGUGUGUUCCUACGACUACCGCUCCGUGGAGGGCUUCGCCGAGGUCUCCGACUACCAGGGCGGCUUCUGCAUCCUGUAUGGCGGCUUCAGUCGCUUGCACCUGUUCGCUUCGGAGCACAGGGAUGAGAUCAUCCGCAGCGCCGUCGAGCAUGCCGGGAACUUCAUCGGCAUCAUGCUGCGCCUGCGGAAGGAGACCCUGACCUUCGAGGGCUUCGCCACAGAGCGCCUGGGGAAGUACAGCUCGGAUGAGAGCAUCACCUCUCUGGCCGAGUUUGUGGUCCAGAAGAUCUCUCCACGCCACUCGGAGCCUGUGAAGAGGAUCCUGGCCCUCACAGAGACCUGCCUGGUGGAGAGAGACCCCGCCUCCUACAACAUCGUCACCCUCAAGCCCUUCGAAGAGGUGUUUGCCCUCAUCUGUGAUGUGGACAACCCACAGUUGUUCACGGUGGAGUUCAUCCGAGGACAGAUCAGGAAAUACUCCUCCACAGAAAGGGACUCCCUGAUGGCUAGCCUGCUCGAUGGGGUGCGUGCGUCGGGGAACAGGGACGUGUGUGUUAAGAUGGCCCCCACGCAGAGGGGCCAGCGCUGGGGGCUACUCAGCAUGCCCGUGGACGAGGAAGUGGAGAGCAUCCACAUCAAGUUCCUGGCAGCGCCCCCUAAUGGCAACUUUGCAGAUGCCGUUUUCAGAUUCAACGCUAACAUUUCCUACAGCGGAGUGCUGCACGCCGUCACACAGGACGGUCUGUUCUCAGAGAACAAGGAGAAGCUGAUCAGUAACGCCAUCCUGGCCCUGCUCUCCCAGGAGGCUGAGAUGUCGGGGCCCAACGUCGAGCUGGAGAGCCAGUUCCAGGCUGUCCGCCGCCUGGUGGCCUCCAAGGCAGGCUUCCAGGCCUUCACCCAGCUGCCCAAAUUCAGGGAGAAGUUGGGGGUGAAGACUGUGAAAGCUCUGAAGAGGAACAACAACGGCGUUACUCAUGCAGCUAUUGACAUGCUCUGCGCCCUGAUGUGUCCGAUGCACGAUGACUAUGACCUGAGGCAGGAGCAGCUGAACAAGGCCUCCCUGCUCUCCUCCAAGAAGUUCCUGGAGAACCUUCUAGAGAAGUUCAUCAGUAACGUGGACCAUGGGACUGGAGCAUUGGUCAUCAGCUCGCUGCUGGACUUCAUGACCUUUGCCCUCUGCGCUCCCUACAGCGAGACCACAGAAGGGCAGCAGUUUGACAUGCUGCUGGAGAUGGUGGCCUCCAAUGGUCGGACCCUCUUCAAGCUCUUCCAGCAUCCCUCCAUGGCUAUCGUGAAGGGAGCCGGUCUCGUCAUGAAGGCCAUCAUUGAGGAGGGGGAUAAGGAGAUAGCCACCAAGAUGCAGGAGCUGGCACUGAGUGAAGGAGCCCUGCCCAGACACCUGCACACAUCCAUGUUCACCGUCAGCUCCGACCAGAGGAUGCUCACCAACAGGAAACUGAGUCGUCACCUGGUGGGUCUGUGGACGGCAGAGAACCCUAUCGCCUUGAACCUGCUCAAGAGGAUUCUGCCGACAGGUCUGCUGGCGUACCUGGACAGUCCUGAUCCUGUCCCAGAGAAAGACCUGGACAGGAUGCACAUCCGCGACAACUUGAAGAUCGCCACGGACCAGCUUGGUCGUAACAAGGUGCCCGAGUGGCAGCGCGUGGCUGGCAAGGCUGCCAAAGAGGUGGAGAAGUUUGCUAAGGAGAAGGCAGACAUCGUCCUGAUGCACUGGAGGGACAAGAUGGGCAUCGCCCAGAAGGAGCAAGACAGAAAUAGCCUGAACCCAAACCAAAAACCUGUCAUUCUGAGGAAGAGGAGGCAGAGGAUCAAGAUCGAGGCCAACUGGGAGCUCUUCUACUACAGGUUCCAGCUGGACCACGCUCGCCCCAACCUCAUCUGGAACCUGAAGACUCGUGAGGAGCUGCGGGACGCCCUCGAGGGGGAGAUGAGGGCCUUCAGCGUGGACCGCGAGCUCGGCAACGCCAGCGUCAUCUCCUGGAACCACCAGGAAUUCGAGGUGAAGUACGAGUGCCUUUCAGACGAGAUUAAGAUCGGGGAUUAUUACCUGCGUCUGCUGCUGGAGGAGGACGAGAGCGACGAGUCGGGUGCCAUCAAGAGAUCGUACGAGUUCUUCAACGAGCUGUACCACCGGUUCCUGCUCACCCCUAAGGUGACCAUGAAGUGCCUGUGUCUGCAGGCCCUCUCCAUCGUGUACGGGAAAUGCUGUGAGGAGAUCGGGCCCUUCACGGACACCAAGUACAUCGUGGGCAUGCUGGACCGGAGCACAGACAAACUGGAGCGAGACAGGCUCAUCCUCUUCCUCAACAAACUCAUCCUUAACAGAAAAAACGUGAAAGAGGUGAUGGACUCCAACGGGGUUCGUAUCCUGGUGGACCUGCUGACCCUGGCUCACCUCCACAUCAGCAGAGCCACUGUGCCCCUGCAGACCAACGUGAUCGAAGCGGCGCCAGACAUGAAGCGAGAGAGCGAGAAGGAGUGGUACUUUGGCAACGCAGACAAAGAGCGGAGGGGUCCGUUCAGCUUCGAAGAGAUGCAGGAGUUCUGGAACACGGGCGUGCUGACGGCCAAGACGCGGUGCUGGGCGCAGGGCAUGGACGGCUGGCGCCCCCUGCAGGCCAUCCCCCAGCUGAAGUGGUGCCUGCUGGCCUCGGGGCAAGCGGUGAUGAACGAGACGGACCUGGCCACGCUCAUCCUCAACAUGCUCAUCACCAUGUGCUCCUACUACCCCAGCAGGGAUCAGGAUAAUGCUAUUAUCCGUCCGCUACCGAGGAUGAAGAGACUAAUCAGUGACAACACCUGCCUGCCUCACAUUGUGCAGCUGCUGUUGACCUUUGACCCCAUCCUGGUGGAGAAGGUGGCCAACCUCCUGUACCUGGUAAUGCAGGACAACCCCAACCUGCAGAGGCUCUACCUCACCGGAAUCUUCUUCUUCAUCAUGAUGUACACUGGCUCCAACGUGCUGCCUGUGGCCAGGUUCCUGAAGUACACUCACCUGAAGCAGGCCUUCAAGUCAGAGGAGGCCAAAGGUCAGGACAUUGUCCAGCGCAGCGUGCUGGGGCCCGUGCUGCCUGAGGCCAUGGUGUGCUACCUGGAGAACUACGAGGCUGAACGCUUCUCCGAGAUCUUCCUGGGAGAGUUCGACACGCCAGAGGCCAUCUGGAGCAGCGAGAUGAGGCGUUUGAUGAUCGAGAAGAUUGCCGCUCACCUGGCGGACUUCAGCCCCCGCCUGCAGAGCAACACGCGAGCGCUGUACCAGUACUGCCCCAUCCCCGUGGUCAGCUUCCCCCAGCUGGACUACGAGCUCUUCUGCAACAUCUACUACCUCAGACAUCUGUGUGACGCCACGCGCUUCCCCAACUGGCCUAUCAGAGAGCCGGUGAAGCUGCUGAAGGACACCCUCGAGGCCUGGAAGAGGGAGGUGGAGAAGAAGCCGCCCUCCAUGUCUGUGGACGACGCCUACGAAGUCCUCAACCUGCCUAAAGGACAGGGACAGCAUGAGGAGAGCAAGGUCAGGAAGGCCUACUUCCGACUGGCCCAGAAGUACCACCCGGACAAGAACCCAGAGGGCAGAGACAUGUUUGAGAAGGUGAACAAGGCCUACGAGUUCCUGUGCACCAAGUCUGCCCGCAUCGUAGACGGACCAGACCCAGAGAACAUCAUCCUCAUCCUCAAAGCCCAGAGCAUCCUCUUUAACCGACACAAACAAGAACUGGAACCGUACAAGUACGCCGGCUACCCCAUGCUCAUCAAGACCAUCACCAUGGAGACGGGCGACGAGCAGCUCUUCUCCAAGACCUCCCCCCUGCUGCCGGCCGCCGCCGAGCUGGCCUUCCACACCGUCAACUGCUCCGCCCUCAACGCCGAGGAGCUGCGCCGGGAGAGCGGCAUCGAGGUGCUGCUAGAGGCUCUGUCUCGCUGUGUGGCCGUCCUCACUGCCUCCAGCAAACCAGACGACAUGGCCGUCCAGGUGUGCGGACAAGUGUGCAAGUGCUACAGUGUAGCAGCUCAGUUUGAGGAGUGCAGAGAGAAGAUCAUUGAGCUGCCGAACAUCAUCAGAGACCUGUGCCAUGUCCUGUAUUACGGCAAGGGUCUUCCUCGGACGGCAGCGCUGGCGGUCCAGUGCAUCAGCUCCUUCGCCAUCGACUUCUUCCUGCAGACGCACCUGUACCAUGCCGGCGUGCUGUGGCACCUGCUGGUGCGCCUCUUCAACUAUGACUACACGCUGGAGGAGAGCGGCGUGCAGGCCAGCCAGGACACCAACCAGCAGGAGGUGGCCAACAGCCUGGCCAAGCUCAGCCUGGUGGCCCUGAGUCGUCUGGGGGGGUACAGCAUGGUCCUGGAGGGGGGCAGCCCUGGGGGCGAGGCCAACGGGGUGGACGGGGUGCCCCCAGAGAACCCCACCAUCAGGAAGAGCCUGGCCGCCAUGCUCACGCCGUACAUCGCCAGGAAGCUGGGGUCGGGCAGGCCGGCGGAGGUGUUGAAGCUGCUGAACAGUAACUCGGAGAACCCCUACCUGAUCUGGAACAACGGAACCCGGGCGGAGCUGCUGGAGUUCCUGGAGAUUCAGCAGGAGGGCAACAUCAAGAGGGGAGAGAACGAUAGGAGCUUUGGCUCAGAGUUUGUGUUCGAGGACCACGGAAAAGAGUUGAUCGUCGGAGAGAUCUUUGUCAGGGUGUACAACGAGCAGCCCACCUUUCCUCUGGAGUUCCCCAAGGCGUUUGCAGCCAGCCUGCUGGACUAUGUGGGCUCCCAGGCCCAGUACCUCCACACCCUGCUGGCCAUGAGUCAGAGCAACAAGGUGGAGUCUCAGCAGCACGCAGAGAGGCUCCGCUGGGCUGAGAUGGCCUUGGAGGCCCUGCGCAACGUCAUCAAGAACAAUCCCGGUUCAGAGACGGAGUGUAUCGGCCAUUUCAAGCUUCUCUUCUCCUUGCUGCGUGUUCACGGAGCUGGGAAGGUUCAGCAGCUCGCUCUCGAGGUUAUAAACACUGUAACGUCCAACCAGGAAUGUGUGAGCAACAUCGCAGAGUCACUUGUCCUGUCCAACCUGUUGGUGCUACUGCACUCUCUGCCUUCCAGCAGACAACUUGUGUUGGAAACACUAUAUGCUUUGACCUCCAACACCAAGAUAGUCAAAGAAGCCAUGGCCAAAGGUGCAUUGAUCUACCUGCUGGACCUCUUCUGUAACUCCACCCACCCCCAGGUGCGCUCCCAGACAGCAGAGCUCUUCUCCAAGAUGACCUCAGACAAGCUGGUGGGACCAAAGGUGCGUCUGACUCUGAUCCGCUUCCUGCCCGGUGUGUUCAUGGACGCCAUGCGCGACAACGCCGAGGCGGCCGUGCACAUCUUCGAGGGGACGCACGAGAACCCCGAGCUCAUCUGGAACGAUGGCUCCCGAGAGACCGUCUCCACCACCGUCCGCGAGAUGAUGCUCGAACACUUUAAGCAGCAGAAGGACAACCCAGACGUCAACUGGAGACUACCAGAGGACUUCACGGUGGCGUACGGGGCGGGACAGGGCGAGCUCGCCGUGGGCGGAGUCUUCCUGCGUAUCUUCAUCGCCCAGCCGGGCUGGGUGCUGCGUAAACCCAGGGAGUUCCUGGUGUCCCUCCUGGAGAUCCUGACUGAGCUGCUGGAGAAGAACAACCCCAAUGGUGAGGCCCUAGAAACGGUUACCACGGCAGCGGUGUGCCUGUUCAGCACCCAGUGCCAGUUGGCAGACCAAGUCCCUCCUCUGGGUCACUUGCCCCGCGUCCUGGCUGCCCUCAACCACAAGAACAACGCCGUGCCCAAGAGCUCCAUUAGACUCAUCCACGUCCUCUCCGACAACGAGCUGUGUGUGCGCUCCAUGGCCUCCCUGGAGACCAUCGGGCCCCUGAUGAGUGGGAUGAAGGUGCGAGCGGACAUGGCGGGCCUGGCCUGCGAGGCCCUCAACCGCAUGUUCCAGAAGGAGCAGACUGACCUAGUGGCUCAGGCUCUGAGGGUGGAGUUGGUGCCAUACCUCCUACGGCUGCUGGAAGGGAUCGGUCUGGAGACCCUGGACAACCCCUCCGCCACCAAGGCCCAGAUCGUCAAGGCUCUCAAGUCCAUGACACGCAGCCUGCAGUACGGAGAACAGGUGAAUGAGAUCCUGUCUAGGUCCACGGUGUGGAGUGCCUUCAAAGACCAGAAACACGACCUCUUCAUCUCCGAUUCCCAGACCGCAGGGUACCUGACAGGGCCAGGAGUAGCAGGCUACCUUACAGCAGGAACGGGGGCCACCGUGAUAUCCAGCAUCCCACCCCCUGUAGACAACGACAUUGGAGACCUGGGCUGAUGGAUGGACAGACAGAUAUUGACUGAUGAUGAACUCAGGCUCCCAGAAUGCCCUGCAGCUCCAACGCUGCAGCUCUGAGAGGACUGCUCAGCUCCCUGAUGGGAGGAGAGAGAGAGGGAGGGAAAGAGGGUGGAAGAGAGAGAGAGAAGAGAGAAAGAGGGAGGAAGGAAUGAGAGUGGGAGAGUGGGUUAUCACUAUAGCUUGACUGUCCCCACUUUGUCUGCCAUACCCUCCAACUGUCACUCUCCUUCCAGCACUCACGGUCUUCGUAAACACUUUUUGAUUGUUUUAUUGAACAAACCCUUGUUAUUUUUUUGUUAAAAUUUGUGCUUCUUUUUGAUUCUUCCAAUGAGACGAGAAUAGUUUACUUUUGUAUAAAUAUAUUUUUUACUCUUGAUUUUCUUUUGUGGGAGGAAAAAACACUCAAUGGGGGACUGAAAAGGAUGAGUCCAGUUGGCCCGGUCUAUCCUCCAUUCUGUUCUCCUUUUUCUUCACCGUGCCCUGUCUAACCUUACUUGAUCUCACACACACACACACACACACACCCUUGAAGGGUGUCUGGCCUGACUAUAUGUGACCACAAGACCAAGACUGCGUCACCUACAGGACCUCCAGUACUUAGUACUUUGUUCCUGUUCACUUCAAUGGGAUAUUUCCUAAUUUUAUAAUGUUGUUUUGAGAGUGUCACAUGCAAAAGGUUAUCAACUGAUCUGAGAAUUUUCACCAAAUCUUGAUGUAUUGUCAUCCUGCACCUGUUCGCUCAAGAAACCCGAGUGAGAACGUUCAGGCAGGAGCUGGCGAUAAGUCCUACCCGUCCUUCACAAUCACGUGAAGUUGGCUUGUGUGCUCUGUCCUCCAAGGCCCUGUUCUCUGUACCUCAUCAUGAUUAUGGCCCUGUCCACUAUUCCACUCUACGUACUCCCAAUGAAGGCUUUUCUCCUCUGCCUCUACCAACAAAAUCUUAAUCUCUGUGUUAUUUUCCUUCCCCAGAAUGCAAAAAGCACUAGAAUAUUUAUAAGUCAAUAACGGCCUUUACCAACUGAAAUGAGCUUCUGCUAAGACUUGAGGAAUGAUGAUACUGACUGAUUAUACAUCUAUGUGAAAGACUAGUGCAAUUGUGAAAUGUUCAAUGUAAUAUGACGUAUAUAAACUUUCUAUAUUGAAUGUACAUUAAAAAAAUGAAUCAGUCACACUUGUACAUACAAUUUUAAGAAUAAAAGGGAACCCACA